CACACACACAGCAACAACACACCCUGCGAUGAAUUCCAAUGAUUCCACUUUCAAGAGCUACAUAGAGGACACCGAGCUGGAGAACGUUUCUCUGAAUGAUGGGCAGAAAACACGCCUACUUGAAGGUGAGACUGUCGUGCUUGAGGCGCAAAAGGUCAGGAUGUUUGCACCCCUGUCCGAUAAGAAGAAGGGGACUCUUGGGGUGCUAACGAUGACCACAUUCAAACUUUCGUUUGCAUCGAAUGAAAGCGAGGAGGAAGGCAUGGAGUUCUAUCAGAGCAAUAAUCUGCUGAGACGCAACGAGAUUUGCUUGUCCGCAAUUGACACGAUUUAUCAGAUUGGGGAUAAGUCCAAGAAAAAGUUGGUGCCUGGGCAAAGUGUCUCCAAUAAAGUCAAGGAGUUGUUUAUUGUCUGUAAAAACAUGAGGGUUCUGUCUUUCGGCUUUAAGGACGCCGAUAAAGACAACGGACGGCAGAUUGCUAACGGGUUGUUACAUCAUGCCUAUCCCAAGAGACAUCCUCUACUCUUUAUGUAUGAUAUCAAGGAACCUUAUAAUAAGCCAAUUACUAAGGAGGCUAGGCUUUACGUGACGGCGGAGGAUUGGAGGAAAGACUUGACGCGAUGCAAAGCGAAGAAGUGGCGGAUUUCCGACGUGAACAAGAACUUUUCGGUGACGCUACACAUGCCCGAGUAUUUGGUCGUGCCAGAGACCAUAACUAACUCGCAAAUAUCUACAGCGGCUAGGGACUUCCGGAACGAAGGAUUUCCCGUUUGGGUUUGGGGCACCGAGCAUGCGGCCCUUGUGAGAAUGCCCGAUCUUCUGCCAUCACUCACAGAUCGCGUACAGGAGAACAUCCUUAUAACACAGGUGCACAAGUCGCAUCCGAGGACGCAGCCGAUCAUCGUCGAUUUGAGUCGAGAUUGUCCGACGCCCAAGGAAGUGCAGAGCAGCUACAGCAAACUGAAGAACCUCUGCACUCCGGACAGCGUGCGAGUGUACAAGGCGCAGGAUUUCAAGUUCUACGGUUUGCUGGACCAGUCGAAGUGGCUGCACCACAUUUCGAUGUGCCUUAGCAAAGCCGUUGAAUGCGCUAAGGUACUCGUAGAUGAUACGACCACAGUCAUAUUGCAAGAAGAUAAAGGAGAAGAUAUGAAUUGCGUGGUGUCGAGUCUGAUCCAGUUGCUGUUGGACCAUCACUGGCGGACAAGGAAGGGCUUUCAGUCGCUGAUCCAGAAGGAGUGGGUGGCGCUCGGUCAUCCGUUCGCUUUCCGUUUGGGGCACAUCUUAGAUCCGGACAUCGAGCCUUCGUUUUUAUUCCUGCUGUUCCUUGAUUGCGUGUGGCAGAUGCUGCAGCAAUUUCCGACAGCCUUCCAGUUCAGCGAGACUUACCUGACGACCAUCUGGGACUCGUCGCAUAUAACGAUAUUCGAGACGUUCCUGUUCAACUCCGAGCACAGCCGAUUCCUGGCUGGCAAGCAGUCGACGCUGAGGAGCGUGUGGAACUGGAGCGAGCAGUUCUCGGAGAGCGACAUCACUCUCUUCGACAAUCCUCUGUACGAGAGGAGCAACAAGGAGAGGUUGAUCCCGAGCACCGGGAUCUCCUGCUUGGACGUAUGGCGGCAGUGCUACUUCAGAUGGAUCCCGGACCUGGAGAUCAGGAACGGCGGCAGACCGCAGAUCGACAUCUGCAAUCGUUUCCUGUCCGAGGAGCUGGAGCUGCUGCGACACAAACUCGCCACGAGCAACUUCAACGGCGCCAUAAACAAAACCAAAGAGGAGAAGCUGCAGAUCCUGCGGAGAGUCAAUAGUUUUUACCCGUUCAGUCAUAAUUGUGCCAGCGCAGAUCAGCAGUUGAACAAUCAACUGCUGCUAUCCAGCGACGCACUCGAAACGCAGUCCAUAUACAAUCUAGCUACCGAUUAAUCUUGAAAGCUCUUAGCACGAUCAUCGAAUAGACUAAACAUAGCGAGCGAGCGAGCGAGCAAGAGGAGGACAGUGCGAGCGUGUGUGUGUGUGUAUUUUUGUACAAGCUAAAGUAUUACAAUUAAUAUAUUAUUAUUGUUUAAUGAUAGAGUUAUUUAUUUUGUUUUCGCAUUUCUAUCUCAGUGUCAUGAUGGAUAGACAUGCACUAUUUCUAUUAUUAUCAUCAUCAUCAUUUUCUUUUAUUUACUUAACAUUGUGUAACAAUUCUUCCGUUUUAUUAUGUUCAAACUUGAAUUUCGCUUCUGUCUCAACUUGUAACGCUAGAACAAAUUUUUACUUUCUGUACAUUUACUAAUACUUACCAAAAAUGGAUUUUAAUUUAUUACAAAUAAAUGAAUUAUAAAUAGAAA